AUGGGGCGUUUAUUCAAACACCUCUUCACCACCACUACUUUCCUUACGGCCGUCACUGGCGAAACAAACCAUCUCCAACUACGUUCUCUGAAGCCACAGAUUCUCGGUUCUGUAGGCAGUGCUCUCGGCAUUUUGGGGGUCCUCAACGUUACGCUGGCGACUGCGGACGACUUCCUGACACCCGCUCUCCAGUCACUGAUUACGGAUGCCCCAAUCACACUCCUCAAUGAUCUGCUCGCAGCAGUCUUACAUCCACAUCCUCUGGAUCCGGGCUACCACGGCUGGCAGUACUGGGGCUGUUUCAACUCCACAGCAUACACAGCUUCACACACCCCCAAGACCACCGACCCAACACUCAGCAUGAGUCCAAAGCUAUGUAUCGCCCUGUGCGUAGCCGACAGACUCGAAGUCGCUGUCGUAAUCAACACCCAAUGCUACUGUUCAAACGACACACCCGCCUUCAACUCUGGAUCCAACACCUGUAACCUCACCUGCCCCCUAAACACCGGUCUAUUCUGUGGCGGCACAUCCGCAAUCUCAGUCUUCCGACGCGCCAUCACUGCACUCCCUGUGCCUCUACCAGCCAGCCCCGAGCCAACAGGCUGGCAAUACAGCGGCUGUUUCUACGGCGACGCCUGGUUAGCACUCAGUCCCUACAUCACCUUCUACAACAGCACCGUCGGUCUAAACGCCACGUACCAACGCGCCGCUAAUCUAGGCCUACAAACCAGCAUCGGACAAUGCGGUCGAGCCUGCGACGUAAACACCACAGAAGCCUGUGGCGGCGAGAGCAACUCUGUCCCUUACCAAACCGCCACCCGCUCUCUCAUGAUCACACUCUACACCCUUGCACCAGCCCCUGCGAAAACCGUCCCUUAG